GAAAACACCCUUCCCACUCUAUCGCCCGCAGCCUCGGCUCUCAGCUAUCACUACUUCUACUCCUUCGCUGCUCUCUGCAAAAUCCAUUUGUUUCACUCUCUAGGAUGUCGGACGAGGAGCACCACUUCGAGUCGAAGGCUGACGCCGGCGCCUCCAAGACCUAUCCCCAGCAGGCUGGGACUAUUCGCAAGAACGGUUACAUUGUUAUCAAAGGCCGACCCUGCAAGGUUGUGGAAGUUUCGACUUCCAAAACUGGAAAGCAUGGUCACGCCAAAUGUCAUUUUGUCGGAAUUGACAUCUUCACUGCUAAGAAGCUGGAAGAUAUUGUCCCCUCUUCCCACAACUGUGAUGUUCCACAUGUUAAUCGCACUGACUACCAGCUUAUUGACAUCUCUGAGGAUGGAUUUGUGAGUCUGCUGACUGACAAUGGUAACACUAAGGAUGACCUCAGGCUUCCAACCGACGAGAAUCUGCUUUCCCAGAUCAAGGAUGGGUUCGCUGAGGGAAAGGAUCUUGUUGUGAGUGUUAUGUCUGCCAUGGGAGAGGAGCAAAUCUGCGCCCUCAAGGAUAUUGGUCCAAAGUAAUUUGGUGUUAUAUUAAACAAUAUUUAUAGAUUAGGGAAUGAUGGGAGGACGAUGGCCAACUUAUUAUUCAGGAUCAUUGAGACUGAAUGAUUGAUGGCUUGUGCCCUCGACUAUUAAGAAACCACUUUCCUGUCAUCAGGAUUAUGUGGGUUACCUUUAUGUUUUUACUGUUUUUUCUCUCUUUCUCAUCUGGAUGUGUUUGGUUGGACCUCAUCUUGUUUAUUAUGGUGUGGGGGUAAAAUUACUUUGUUAACUCGUCAUAAGAAUGUGUUUUCACUUGGGUACAAUAUUGAAGUUAAACUUUGUUGCAAAUA